UACCUACUUUCUGACUUGAUUCAUGCUUAAGAAUGCUGGAACAGAUAAAACAUUUAAAAUAGGUUUGAUAAUUUAUUGGAAACACGAGAUGAACAAAUUUAUAUCAAAGCUCUACACAAUAAUUCACUGGUAGAGCGUGUCCAGACUAGUACUGUUCAGUAUCAGUACCUCAUUCACAUUUAUUUAUUUAUGAAUUUAUGCCUACUCGUUUACUACUACUAACAUUCUAAACUGCCUAUCAAAAACACCAGACUACACCAAGGCCCCAUAUUCAAACAAAGAAUAACUGCGGAGAGUGUGCUAAUUCUUCACCAUGGCUGAAAGGGCACAUGCCGAUAGCCAAAUGACCACUGGAUUUGAAUGAUGAUGAUCACCAGACUGUUAAAAUAAUCUAGUCUUGAGUCUGCAUGACCUAGCAAGUACAUAUACUAGUAGAUUUCCCUAGCUCUUUUUAUUAUAUUUGGCCUCUGAAGGUUAUGAUUAUUAAUUAUUAUUGAUACAAGUUGAGCCCAAUAAUAACUAAGGGUAACCAAAUCAUGAACUGGAAAAAACGGGACACACCCAAGGAGGGUUUGGGGGGGAUACCCUCGAGCUAAAGAGGGGUUCAGGGGCCUCCUGGAAUUUGAAAUAUGCUAAUUUUAACUAUUUUCAGACCUAAAAAUCUUUUUAAAUUUACCAUCAUUUUUGUAAUUUAAUUUAAACUCUGAGGCAUAUCAAAAAAGAAAACAAUAAUUUUGCAGUGAAUACUUAUUUAUUUAUACAUGUAAGAUCUAUGGCAGGGAUACUGUCAUUUACGCAGCAUCAGCAGAGUGGUGGAUGGGGAACAGUGCACAUCACACUGGCACUGGCUACACAGCUAGCCAAAAUAUUACUUGAAGUUGUAUUAUAAAUUAGGAAAGUUUAGUGUUUGGUUUUAGAAACAGGACAUUUAGGUGCCCCAAGAGACUUUUUUCGGGACACCGGAUACGAUCGUGAAAAACGGGUCAAUCCCUACAUUAACUCACUAACAAAACAAACUCACAUUAGCCUUCAAGGCCUAAGUAAUUAGUACUAAGUAACUAAAUUAACAGUAGUAGAUCCCUACUUGAUUAUAGAUGAAAUACUGAUACAAGAGCUUUAUUUUAAAUUUGACUUCACCAAGUCAUUUUAUUACUAGUACUUUUCUAGUAGUUCUAAGUACGGUAGCAAGUAACAUUAAGAACAAGUAAAUGGUUAAUUAGUAGGCCUAACUAAUUUAGCCUAUAAAUGUAAUUUUUAAAAAAAAUACCUUGUCUGUAUUAUUUGUUACUUACAUUUGCGGAGUCUAGUCUAGGCUCUAGUACAGGCAUAGGAUUUCCUAAACUUUUUUUAUAUACUCUGUACUUCCAAAAUUUUUUUUAUUAAGUUUGUUAUCCCCUAUGAAUUGUUUGAAUAAGUAUUGCACCUCCUACGGAAAUCAAACGUAACAUGGCAUUUUAAGAUUGGAAAGAAAUAUGACUUAUAAUUAUUUGUUUAAAAUUACAGAGAACUGUAGAACUUAUACAAUGAACUUGUGACAAAUUACCAAAAUGAAAAUGAAUAAAUUAAAACAUUAAAUACAAAUUUUAAUAUAUUUAAAAGCCAGUACCUCCUCUGUUCUUUUAAUCACUUUUGCUUGCUCUGCAAACCCUGUCAUCAUCUUCAGUGGUGCUACAGUCCAUGUAGGGACCUGGCCUGCUCCACCACAUUCUUCCACUGGGAUAGACCUAUGGCUUUCUGCCUCCAUGCUCUGACCCCCAGCUGAUGUAAGUCCUUCUCUACAUCAUCAAUCCAUCUCAGUCUUGGUCAGUUGGUGAGCCCUCUGCCCUCAAGUUUCUGACUGUAGCUCUUUUUUGCUGUUCUACAACUUCAUUUCAAGGUUGUCCUCUCCUUCGCAAUCUGACUUUUUAAAUUUGUUCAACUAAGGGUGGGUCUUCAAAAAAUGUAUAUUUCUCUUGGUUUUUAUGGAAUCUCUAUCCAUCAUAGUCAAUUUUGUUUCAUUACACAUUUGCCAUGUUCUUCUUGUCUCUCUCUGAAACACCAUUAGCCGAGACUUGGUCUUUGUUCAUCCUUCUAUAAGUUCUCUGCAAUCUGCGACAUACCAUCUUGUUCUUUUCCCUGUCUGUUUAAAUCCUAUUAUAGCCUGUGUUACACUUUUAUCAAUUUGAUUAAUUUUUUCGCCGUUGCUCAUUUAUAUUUAUGUUGUUGCCAUUUCUCUUUUGAAUAAUUCUAGUUGAGUAUGAUGUAGUAUGAAUCUUUAGUUGAUAUUCCUCAGUAAUUUUUUGGGUCUCUGUUUAACUUCUAGCUAUUGAUUUUACUGUUUUAUUUCUUUCAUUUUGUUAUUAGUGAUGUUGCAAAUUCUUUGUUUACAUUUAAUUUUUACAAGUCUGAGUCUACUUCUGCCCCUCUAAAGCUUCAUACAUCCUAGUAAGUUGUUGCCAUAUCUCCGGUCAAUGACUGUGAUCUAUAUGAUUUCAGGUCAAUCCAUCUGGGGAUAUCCAUAUCGCUUUAUGCAUUUGUUUGUGUUGGAAUAUUUUGCUGCUGAUCAUCAUUACUUUUCCUGUAUUGAAGUCUAUUAGACAUGCUCGAUUGUCACUGCUGUCACCAUGCAGAAUUUCCUUGCUCAUAAUUGGUAUGUAAACAGGGUCUUUUCCGGUUUUUGGGUUGAAAUCUCCCAAGAACUGUUUUGGUAUUAUGGCGUGGUGCCUCAUCAAAUAUUCUUCCAACUAUUUCAUAAAUAGUUUGCUUAGAUAACAUAAUGUUAAACAUAUUUCCUCUUAUCCUUAUGGAACUUUGUCUUUCACUCACUGGUUUGAACCCAAUGAUUGCAUUUAUUUUCUGUCUUUUGACUGCAAUCCCUUUUCCCUAAGGGGUUAGUGUUGUUUCCCCUAUAGAAUAUUGUAUAGCCCUUAGUAUAUCCCAGUCUUACAUAGUAUAUCUGAGUCUUACUUAGUAUAUGUGAGUCUUUCCAUCCUUCAGUACAGCAACAGUGAUUAUAUAACCUACCAAUUUGUCACUGAGGCUGGCAAGCGCUCCUGCUCUAUGAAGACUCAGAACAUUUCAGGUCAUCAAAAAUAAAUUAUGUCCUUGUCUAGGCAUAGGUCAAAAUCUAUAAAUAUCAGUCCAGUGUUUGUUUGUGAUUUAGCCUUCAUAACAAUGGAGAACAAAACUCUGAAUUCAAACCCGGAGAUGGAGUCUUGUAGGCGGAUAACAUUGGUACAAUGAAACAUUCCGACAACUCCUGCAACGCCACUGGUGCCAAGCUGUAUCAUCCACUUGAUGUUCCCUUGGCUUAUCCAAGGGCAUGGAGAGAGGUGAUUUGCUGUUGGGAACCAGCUUAUAAUCCUAAAAGGAUAAUCCCAGGCCUUGUGGAUUUGGUCUUGCAAAAUCUACAUCAUCGUCAUAUUGUGACGGACAGAUGCCAGCAAAAUCAAUGGAAUUAUAAAGUGACAGGGUCAUCAGCCGUGCACACAAUUGUCUGGGGGGGAUGCCCCUUACAGCUCUCGGGGUAGCUGCCUUUGUUUUGGGUCAGGGCCCUCGCCUUUGUAAAUCACUUUAUCAACUACAAGGCUGCAGUUGCUGGCUUUGAUCCACCCUGUGUAUUUUAUUUUCUUCAGUGCCCACCAUACCUGGUGGGAGACCCCCUAUCCGCCACCUGGAGAAGCUCCCUAUGGGAGGUCAGCCACUCUACAUGAGAUUAGACAGUGUCACAAAGUAAUUUUAAAGUCAGAAGGCAUACUUUUUACUAAUUUAAAACAGUUUUUUAGGAUGAGCUCAUUAACUUAUUCCUUAUCCAACCUCUUACUCUGUAGCAAUGAUCAGGUGCACCUCUACUGCAUUUCAGAUGUUUCUGUGGGAGCUAUCUGUAGGGUUAGGUUUGUUACCUGCAGAUUAUUUUCUAUUGUCAAGAUAUUUUCUGUGCCAGGUUUAAUUAGGUCUCCAGGGAUUUUUCCCAGAAUAUCUAUUUGAGUUCUUUCUAAUGCCCUGGCAAGUGAGCUUGCUGACAUUCUACAAUGGCGAAACACCAUUCAGAAACAUGCAAGCACAUUUGCUGCUAAUAGCCUUCACACCUAGUCCUCUAACUCUUAUUCAGUUCUAAUAACAUUGAUCAGUGGUUUUAUUUUGUACCUAAAUAAAUUAUCAUUAACAUGCAGUAUACCCCUUUCAAGUUUCAAUAUCAUCCAACUUAAGCAAGAAUGUGGAGUCUAGUAUUACACAACUAUGACAUAUAAAAAAAAUAAAGGGGUAAAACUACAAAAAUCAAGAAGCAACAUGAAGAACACUAGUGCCUAUACAGUCAAGAGAUAUUAAUGAUUUAUUCGAAACAUAUGACUACUGAGAUUUAUUAGAUAAUUUAUCCCAAUUUGAUUAUAUUUAAGACAAUAAAAUUAUAUUUAGAGGACAUUUAGAUCAUUCUAUGUUAAAGAUAAUACUUUCUGAAUUUCACUGUUGGGUUUCCAUAACUCAGUUAAUUGCUGACUUAAUAGAUAUUUUAUUUUUCCUGCUACAUUUAAAAUAUGUGUUAACCUGUCAAACUCUUCAAUGAUAUUUUAGUAUCUGAAAGUUCAUGCCAGAAACCAGCAAAGAUGAUGGUAAAUGACCAAAUGAUCCUUGAAGAGGACUAUGACGAAAACUAUGAACCAACAGAAAGUGGUAUGGUUACAAAUACAUAAUUAACCUAUUAAUUAUGACAGGAAUCAGUUUUACUGAAGAGCUAGGGUGCCUUAUCUCUCAAACGAUAAUGUGUGGUAUAUUUCAUAAGAAAAUCUUUUGAAAGGUCAAGCCAUUUCGUGGACUGUUGGAAUAGUGGGGUUGAUCUUUUUAGACUGGUUAUAAAUAUAAUUAUGAAACACAAAAUAUAAGUUGUAUAGCAUCUCUUUCAUUUUUAAAUAAACCUUUAAUGAGUGAAGCAUAGACUUUCAUUAUUGUCUACAUCACAUAGUCUUAAAAUGGUUGCACACUUAAUUUUGUAGCAGUAAUAACUAUUGAGUUUAUUUCGAACAUUGAGACAUGCUGUUUAUUAACUAUUAAAUUCAGAAUAUCCAUUCUAAUUGUUGGGCUGUCUGUAGUGUUUGACACAAGCUGUUAACCAAUGUGGCAUAUUAUAGCAGCCAUUUAAUCUUUGAUUUUUUCUAAAAUAUUUCAGUAUUUAUAGUAUAUGGUAUAGUAUAUUUAGGCCAGAAUUCAUUUAAUCCUUUACAAUAUCCUUUAUUAUAGCAUUGCAAGGGCAUAAGAAGUCAAAUGAUUAUGUCAUUUCAACUGUGGGGAUAAGAAUAAGAAAUGAUAAUUUUUAUGCUGAAAAGACAGGUCACAAGCAAUGAGUAGUACUAUAAACUCUUGAUAUCUUUCUUUUCAGAAAUUAUUGAGUACGCAGCAUCGAUUGGAAUUGAUAUUGACAAUGAACAGCAUCUUUUGUGGAUUGCUAGAGAGGGAAUCAAUGCACCCCUUCCUGACAAUUGGAAGCCAUGGUAAUUAGUUUUAAUUAACUAAUUAUACGAGUGUUAAGACUACAAUAAAGCUUUCAAGUAGAUUUAAUCAGACAAAAACAUUUUGUUUAAAAAAACAAUAUUAGUUCAGCUUUAAUAAUGAUCAUUCAGUUUCCAAACAUUUCAAUGGCACGAACCGUAAUGGAAUUUUAGACAUUGCAGUUACUGGUAUAUUUUAUGCAAGUAAUACAUCUGAUAGAAUUUACAUGGAAAAUAAAUUGAUAGUAAGAUUUGGUAUGUUGACUCCAUACAGUAUACACCAAAUUCACAAUUUUACAUAGCUGCAAUAUCUUUUUUCUGUUUGGUUUUUAAAGUUUACUUACUUUCACGUCCUCUCUGUUCUUCUGAACAUAGUUUUUAUCAGGGACUUGCGCCAAUUCUUAUUCAUUUCUUUCAUUUUUAGGUAAGAUACAUGUAUAUCUAUAUUAUGUAAAUUUAAUUUAUACUUAUAUGAUGGCCUUCCCCUUUUUUCUCGUUUAACAAUUAAAAUUAAUGCUCUUUAUUUUAGGCUGAUUAAACUAUUCUUACAUUUUUCCAAAGCCUAAGAUUUUUAAGACAGAGCAUUAUAUUUACAACUCCAUUAUAUUCUUUUUAAACAUGCUUUUUCCUUACAAACAGACUAAAAGUGCAUCAUUUCUUUUAUUCCAUCUUUAGCCAAGCACCAUCUGGUGAUGUAUACUACUUCAACUUUGCCACUGGAGACAGCAUAUGGGAUCACCCUUGUGAUGAGUUCUACAAAAACAUGGUGGCAGAAGAGAGAAAGAAGGGCUCUCCAGAUAAGAAUUUAGGUAACUGAGUUCAAGCAAGAAUUAACUUGGAAAACAAUAUUGCUACGAGAAUAUACACACAAUAAACUCUAAUUAAGACAUUUGAUGUCGUUAAGAUUUCAUUUUGUUAGAUGUUGCUCAUUGGAGUGGGGUGAAUGCAUGUCAUUGAUAAUAUAGGUCCGAGAUGCUUGAAUGGAAUGUUGUUUCCAAAGAGUUUGGUUUUACAUUGAAGUGGUGAUAAUAGGAAUUAUUGUUUGUACUUCGCAUGCCCAAAUGACUAAGGCUACAUUCUAGUUGAGUUAACUUGACCUUUAUUUUGUUUAAAGUGGGGGAGAGGUGCACAAUUUGUCUGCCUCAAUCUCUUGUCUUUUCCUAUUUUUAUCCAAUGACAAGACUUGGCCAAGACAACUGGGAGAUUGAAUCGGCAACAGUGUAUGACCAUCAUUGUUUCAUGUGUUCAUUGUGCUCUUUUAAGAGUUCGACGUUGUAGAAGUUGCAUGAAUUUUCAUUGUGUCAGUGUCAUACCGCCUAUGGGACUCCUUCUCCGGGUUUGAAUUUAAAGUUUGCCUUCUCUUAGAUGAGUUUCCUUCCAAGGUUAAUGAGUCCCAUCCACCGGGGUGCUGGUAUUGUUUUUAGUUUGUCUAGGUUUGAAAUUGAACUCCAAUCCACGGUUUUGGAAUUUACACAUUUUGACAGAAAAGCCAACCUCUAGGAAUAUAGCUAUGCGGUCUUCCUCUGCAGUAAGUAGAGCGACAUUAAUGUUGGGUCAUUUAGAUCUUAAGCUCAGGUGGCUGUUCUAAAAAAAAAAGAGAAGGAGGUUUAUGUACAAGAAGUACAAGAGUCUUGAUAUUACUAAAUAGAAGUUAGUCUCUUGGCUAAAAUUGAAGUUAAUUCAAUUAAUUAUUUUGAUCUGCAAAAUUAUUGUGUGUUUUUCUUGUAUGUCCAGUCAGAAGGAGAAGAUGUUUUAGAUUGCAACCACAUCUAAAUAUGCCACAAUUUCUUCUUAAUCUUGUCAGGCGUAAUGAAUAAAUUCUUCAUUUUAAAAUUUUUAUUAAGGGUUGUGCUCGAUAGUCAAGGAUAGAGAUAGUUUGGUGCACAUAUUGAAUGUGGAAAUUCAUAUUUGGUGUACUGCAGUAAUAGACUGUUCAAAAUCACUUUUCAGGAAAUAAGAAAAAGACCAAAGUUAAAGAAGACACCAAGAAAAAGAAGGGAGGUGCAUCCCUCACAACUUCUAGCAUGGGAGGCAGUGGAGGAGGCGAUGAUCUAGGCCCAUUAACAAAGGCACCUGGAACAAAAGUAAGUAGAACGUUUAAAUCUCUGUAGAUUUGAAAACAAUGUGAAAUAAACACAUUGAUAAAAGUCAUGGAAUUCACUUCAUCUGGUUCUUGAAUUGUUAUGUAAAUGUGUUUUCUCCAUUUUUGAUCAGUUGUCACAGCUAAAUCCACUAUUGUUGAAAGCAGAGCCAAGUGUUGGGACACCAAAGUUGCACAAAGGAAACCCUGGACCACUGGGUCCAGUCAAGUCUGGAGAUAGUUUGGGAGGAAUGUCACUGCUGAGAGACUCAGCUGGAAAUUCCCAACCAGUAAAUAUGCCACAUACAAUUUUUUACACUAUCCAUAAUGACAGUCUGUACAAUGAUUAAAUUAAGAAAAUUGUUAAUAACAAAAACUAAUAUUCUUAUAUUAUAACCUUUGAAGUAGUUCUUUUAGUAUGUCUUGCAAACUUUUAGACUUGUAAGUUUAUAUAAAAUCUACUCUAGAUAUUCACUUUGGAUAGUUUGAUAUUUAGGUUAAAAUUUCUCUUUUUUGGAUUAGGAAAAUUAUUUUGACUUGUAAAUUUCUAUAAAUCUAAUUUUUGGUUAUUUAGAUACGUGGUAGUUUCAAUACAACAAGUGGAUCGUAUAAUAAAAGUUUAAAUGUAACAAGUAGUGUAACAAUACCAGUCUACUCAGGGGAUUACGAGGAUGAGGAUGAUGUGAGUAUGUUGAAAGAAAAGUUGAAAACCAUUUUUCAUUAAUUGGGGCUUAAAGGGGGAAUUUAUUUUCCUUUGGAUUAUUUCAAAAUGUUUACUUACUUAUAGUAUCUGUUUUGAUUGAAGUUGUGGACUAUGAAAUGCAAAGGUUUACCUUUAUCAGCAUCUUUAAAAUAACCAAAUUGUUUAUGAUUUUUAAAUUAUUUUUUAAAAAAUGACUACAUACUCAAUUUUUUUUUUUUUAAACUUAGAUUGUAUUUCUGAAGAUAUAGUUUUAAACUUAUAGAUAUAGGCUUUAAAAUGGUCAAUGUUUGUGGAGUAGUUUGGUGUAAACAGAUAUUAAGAAAUAUACGAUAAGAUAAGUUUCUAUAUUGAUCCUAAUAAAUAGAUUUUUAAAAAAAAUUGCAUUGCAAUUAUUCAUUUUCACCACAUCAAUAAAUACAUUUUGUUAAUGAAGAUAACAUUUUACAGUUACAACAAUUUAAACGCGUGACAUCAAAAGUAUUUCUAUAGCAUAAGCUUUAGCCAUAUAUGAACUCCUCAUAUGACAAUAAUGACUUAAUUAGUGAUCAUUUAGUUUUGGUAAUUGCUGGGGAGCACGCUGGUAAAUUCGUACAGACUGGGGAAAAAAUAAUUUUUAUAUCUUUUGGUCCUAGCUUUAAGAUAAAGAAUUUGCCCUGAUAGAGCUGAACAUAAGCAUAAUGUUUAACAUAGAUUGACAUGUUCAAAUUAUCAUUAGGUAGUUUGUAGCAGUAAAAAGUUAUUCUAUUAGAAUGUGAGUAUAAAAUGAAAUCUAUUUUUAGAAAAUGACAAUAAAAUUAUAUUUUAUUUUAGGAAAACAGUCGGCCAGGACUUGGUUUUAAUGUACAAGAUAUGGCUGCUUUAGGAUAUGAGGUAGGCCAAUAGGGAUUUGGAUCUAUUUCAUUGAGAAAUAAGUCAAUUAUAAAAGUAGACUACUGUAAAUCUCUGAAACAAACAAUGAGUGUUAGUAAGCAGUAUAGUGAAGCUUUAAAGAAAUAGAUAUGAUCCAUGUAAAAACAUUUCACCUACAAGCCAUUAUUAGCUAUACACAAAGUACACUAUUUUAGAUAUGAUCCAUGUAAAAACAUUUCACCUACAAGCCAUUAUUAGCUAUACACAAAGUACACUAUUUUAGAUAUGAUCCAUGUAAAAACAUUUCACCUACAAGCCAUUAUUAGCUAUACACAAAGUACACUAUUUUAGAUAUGAUCCAUGUAAAAACAUUUCACCUACAAGCCAUUAUUAGCUAUACACAAAGUACACUAUUUUAGAUAUGAUCCAUGUAAAAACAUUUCACCUACAAGCCAUUAUUAGCUAUACACAAAGUACACUAUUUUAGAUAUGAUCCAUGUAAAAACAUUUCACCUACAAGCCAUUAUUAGCUAUACACAAAGUACACUAUUUUAGCUCUUUCGCUGCACAAUUUUUUUUAUAGAAAAAAAUUUACAUUUAUUUCAAAGAGCAAAAUAAGUGAGAGGUUGGGUUUAUUAACAAAUAUGUAAAAGGUUAUAUUUUGGUUUAUAAGACUAAACUUGGUAUCAAAUGAAAGUUAAUUGAAAGGACUAUAUAUUUGUAAACUUCUUUCUUCAGUUUAAAUAAAAUAAGUUACAGAAAAGAACCAUAAAAUGUGAAAACAUUUUAUGCUAAACCAUUUUAUCUCCACUUCUAUAACUCAAAUCCUCUAAAACUGUUACUAUUGGAAUCAUGCGAUGGAUCUAAAUAUAAAUGAUCUUCACUAUCAAAAGAAAUAGUUUAAAACGAUUCCAAAGCUUUUUGAGCUGUUAAUCGUUUAGGAAACUUACUCACCUACUAGGGCCUAGAGUAGCCAUAGCAACAGUAGAAAAAAAAUAGUGCAAAGAAAAUCAUAAAAUAAUGCUUCAAAUUACAACAAAGAAACCUUUGUUUUGCUUAUAAACAAUGAAGUACCACUCUUCUGUGUAAAAAGUCUUAUUUAAAAAUAGCUCUUAAAAAGUUUAACCAACAAACAUGAUAUUGAAAUAACACGAAACACAUUGGUCAGUGCUUUUGAGAAUAACGGAUGUAUGCACUGUGCGUUGCUCCGCACCUUUAGAGUUAAAAUAUACAUAAUAUUACCCUACUAACUGAAAAAACACAAAAGAAAGGAAGUGGGGGGGAAGUAUAGUCUAAAAUAAACAAAUUUAGAGUCCAGCUGAUAAAAUAAAAUUUAGAGGUAGUUUUUUUUUCAAUUCGGUUCAUAAGUUUCACAUUUAAUUGUUCAAUCCUAACAGGAUUCAGAGUCAGAUUCAGAUGAUAAUGUCAAGGUCAAGGAUGACUCUGAAAGUGAAGACAGCAAUGACUAUAACAAAGAAGUAGUAAGUAAAAUUUUGAAAAAAUUGAUCAGCCUGCAUUUUUGGCCAGGGAUUUUGUAGUCAUGGCAUUUAAAGUGAACUAAGGUAUCAGCUCUCUGCUUCUCAUCUAUGUAUGAAGAAUACAACUCUUUGAAAAAUACUGGGAUUUACGGGGAGCUUUGUGAGCCAAUUGCUCAAUAAAAUUUGUUUCUAUUUUUGGCCCAAGAAAACGGUAACACACCUGUUGAUUUUGUGCCCCAAGUCAGAUGUUAGGGAGGCUAGAGUGGGGGAGAUUCCUUUGUUCAGAUGUUAAAUGGUGCAGCCCAACAGUUGGAGCAUGUCACCACAGUAAUAGCCGGGGCUUUUAAGAGCCCAGGCUCCAGCCCCCACCUCAAUAUGUAACUUGGAUACUUAAUUAUUCAUUUGUUAAAGCUUCUUUCAUUAUUUUUUUUAAAUAGGAUUUUGGUCUGGACAAAAAUCUCUCAGAGAAAUUGAUGGAGUUUGAGAACCUGGAGCCUGGACUACGUGGUUCUCUUGAAAAGGUAACUUUGAAAUAAACAUUCAUUCCUUUGUCUUUAAUUUAUUUCUGCUUCAUUGUGCUAUUUCCCAUCACAACUCAAAAAAAAGUGUGAGUUUUGUAAAAAAAAAGUCUUUUUUUUUUUUGUAUAUUAACUAAAAAGUGACUUGUUUUUUUACACUGAGCUAACACACUGUGGUGUGUUUUUUUCAGUAGAGUAAAAAGGGAUAUUUAAAUUUAAAAUAAUUAAACCUCAAAGUCAUGACUAAAUUCUCAAUUUUUCGGGGUGUAACAAAUUGUUAGUGUGAUAUGAAAAUUAUUCAAAGCAGCUCUGGCAAACUUUGUAUGCUUGUAUGUUUCUAUGAUGAAGUUUUAUUUUAAAUCCUUGUUCAUUUUCAGUGCUAGAUUAGAGAAAUUUGUACAUUGCAUUAAAAAAUUGUUACAGAAUAUUUAUUGUGCCUUUGCAUAUUUUUUAAAUGUAGAAUAUGCUUUUUUUUCUACAUGUCUGAAGUUUAGUUGCACAUAGUUUUUUCAGCAUGCAAGCCUAAAAAAAUUAACAAAUUGAACAUUUAUUUAAGACUUUAGAAGAAUUUUUUUUGCCUUGUGUGAAUAACCUAUGUGAUGUAAAGUUUUUGAUUUUUAACUGACUUUACAUUAUUUAAAAUAUUCUUUUAUGAUUUGUUAAGACUUUUUUUUUUUUUUUUUUUUUUUUUAUUAUGAUCUGAUAAGACAUUUUUUUUUUUUUUUUUUUUUUUUUUUUUAAUUCUAAACCUCCAUUUUUUUUUUUUUUUUAAAAAACCAAUUUUUUUUUUUUUUUAUUUUUUUAAAAAAUUAUUUUUUUUUUUUUUUUUUUAAUUUUUUUUUUUUAUUUUUUUUUUUUUUUUUUUUUUUUUUUUUUUUAUUUUUUUUUUUUUUUUCUUAUAAAAAAUUUUUUUUUUUUUUUUUUUUUUUUUUUUAAAUCUCAACACUCCAAUUAUUUCAAUUUUGCAAAAGACCAUAUCUCUCUUUUUCUAAUGUUUAUAAAAAUUAAUUUUUAUUUAUUAUUAUCAACAUUUUUUGUCUAAAUUUUUAUUGCACAUUAACCUAUAGAUAACCAGAGGAGCAAGUAGUUUAGGCCAGGUAAGAUUAAUAUAUCAUAGAGAGCUUGAUUACUUGUACCCAUAAUAAUACAUUUUUCUUAACCAUUAAUAAUUUUUUAUGACAUCUUGAUAUGAAUUUUUUUUUUAUUGAAUAUUUAUAAUUAACUUAAUUUUCUGUAGCAACAUUCUGUUUUGAAAGAUCUAUAAUUUGUACAAUUACUAGUUCUGUUCAUGACAGCAAACUUCUGAAAUGGUUUAUUACUUAGUAUAAUAGGGAAAAAUCCACACCACUUCCUUAACAAAGUUCGCACACUUAUUAAAUAAAAUAACAUUUUUGUAAAAAAAUGUGGAUCUUUAAUCGUCAUUAGAAUAAUUUAAUAACAGUUUUUUUAAUAUAUAAAUAAUAUUUACAUGACUUUGUGCAUUUGCUCCAUUUCUAUUACUUUUUUGCUUCUUGUUUAGUCCUGUCUGCUUUCAGCCAAAACUUUCUCUAUUUCUUGUCCUGUUCUUUCGCCUCAAGCUUCUUCAUACCUAAUUCAAUGAUUUCCUGCAUUUUCUCCACACUUUGUUAACCCUAUUUAUUAAGACUAGUCUUUAUUAAUGAAAUGCUGAAAUAAAUUUACAAUAGAUAUGUGUACUUUGGUUUUUUUUUAAUGGAACCCUGACAAGAUGUCCUUUCACUGAAAAUAAUUUUUUAGCGUUUUAAAAAUUUUUAAAAACUAAUUAAACAUGAAUUAAAAUAUCAAAUUCCAAAUAUCAGCACAACAUUAUAAGCACAUCUAGCACGACAUUAUAAAAACUACAUAUUCCUCUGGCUUUUAAAGCAGUUGUUAACAACAUUAAUUGGGAUAUUAUUGAGCUCUGUUUAUCAGCCUUUGGUGGCUAUCACAUUUGAAAUAAAUGAUUCUUUAAUAUAAUAAUAUUUGAAUUACAAUCAAUAGUUGUAAUGUUUUUUAUGGUGUACCUUUCAUAGGACAUAGAUGGCACCUUAUCACUUAAAUCCACGGCUAGGGAUGAGUCACCAAGAGGUAAAAUUUCACCACUCGACCUAGAUACAGAGAGACGAAGGAAAGCUGAUCUAGCUGCCUCUUCUGCCGAGAGGUUAGAAAACAUUUUUUUUAGAGAAAGGAAUUUUUAAUGUUCUGAAACAAAUAUUUACAUAAUUUUUUCCACAAAUAGUGCAUCUUUUUAAAAAUAUAUAUAACUUUGGUAAUGUUCUUAUUUAUAUUUAAAACAGAAAUGAAACAGUUGUUACAAAUCAGAAAACUCUUGUAUAAAACUGGGGGGUAAAUCUCAUUAUUUAAUUAUGUUUCAGGAUAUAACAUCCUAUGAUGAUUUUUAAAUUUAAAAUUGUUACUUUUCACAGAAGAGCCCAAGAGCAAUUCCUUAGAGAUGAAGAGUUCAAAAUCUCUUCAGCCAAUGAGAGGGCUCUGCAAGAGAUGCAAGAAAAGUUAGAGAGAGAAUUGGAGAAUGCUAAAUUAGAACUUUUAGAGGUUUGUAAACUAACAGAAUGAGAUUAUUAAUUUGAAAUGUCAGUCUGGAGCCUUAGAAAAUCUGAUUGUCACAAGUGUAGGAAAAUAUAAUCAGCUCAUGCCUAUAUAUAACUUGAUUUAUUACUUGCCUCAAAUGUGUUUCCAUGACAGAGUGAUUUCCUUUUUAUAACAUGAACUUUUUAUUUUUCUGUCAUAAUUUAGUUAUUACCAUUUUUGACAACAUGAUGUCACAUUUGUUAAAAGAUAUUUACCAUUAGACCUAUUGAAUUAAUAAUUAUCACCAAGUAACAUGCUUACAAUUUGUUUACAAAGAAAUUUAUGAAAGCUACUUAAUGUCAUUUUGGUAUGCAUGAUUAAACUAAGCUUUGAAGUGAAAUCCAUUUUAAAAAAAAAUAGGAUAAAGAACGGAGGCUGAAAAAAAUCAAGGAUGAGAUCAAGAGGGAGGCAGAAGAAGAAGAAAGAAAAAUCAGGGCUGAAAAGAAAAAUGUCAUCAGGUGAGAAAUUCUACAUAUCAAGCUUGCUCUUUAUCAACAUAUGAUCCUUUUUUCAUUUUCUUCUUUUUAAAAGUAGGUAAAAAAAAAUUUUUUUUUAUAAUUUUUAAUUAGAUAGACUAGAAAGAAUUCUUACAUUUUAUAUGUAUAUAUAUAUUUAUUUAAUAAGGAACUUUGCUUUAUAUUAAGUUCUGAGCUCUUAGAAUGGUUUUUAACAAUCAUAUUAUAUUUGCUUAGCUAUUUGUUAUUUAAAAUUUAAUUUGUAAAUAAUCCUGAAUUUAAAUAUCCUUUUGAACAAAAUAACAAACAUUUUAUUCUAAAGUAACUACAUUUCCCAUUUUUGACUUUCUUUACUAUUUUAACAGCUAAAAAGUAGAAACAAAAUAGUUUUUUCAAUGUAGAUCAUUAUAAUUAUACAUGUUGUGGUUCAAAUUGUUUCCUCACUUUUAAGACAUUUAAAAAAAAAACUAUAUUAGAGUCUAGUCUUUCAAACUGAACUACUUAAUUAUUGAUUUGGUUUAAAAAAAAACAACUAUAUUAGAGUCUAGUCUUUCAAACUGAACUACUUAAUUAUUGAUUUGGUUUAAAAAAAAACAACUAUAUUAGAGUCUAGUCUUUCAAACUGAACUACUUAAUUAUUGAUUUGGUUUAAAAAAAAACAACUAUAUUAGAGUCUAGUCUUUCAAACUGAACUACUUAAUUAUUGAUUUGGUUUAAAAAAAAACAACUAUAUUAGAGUCUAGUCUUUCAAACUGAACUACUUAAUUAUUGAUUUGGUUUAAAAAAAAAUUUGUUUUAAAAAAAAAACUAUAUUAGAGUCUAGUCUUUCAAACUGAACUACUUAAGUAUUGAUUUGGUUUAAAAAAAAAAAAAAAAGCUUCAGUCAUACAAAACAUAUUUCAAAAUAUUUUCAUAUCUAGUUCAGACCUGCACAACUCAAAAUGUAAGGCGGGCCGUAAUACUUGAUGAAAAACUUGUGCGGGCCAAAAUAAAAUAGGAUAGCUAUUAAGAAAAUAAUAAGAAUAAAGAAUAUUUCGUUACCUCACGGGCUGUAUGUUGUUCAGGCCUGAUCUAGAUGUAUCUUUAGAAUAAAUGGAAUUGCAUUAUAAAGCUUCACAACAUAAGAGCAAUAAGUUUUAAAAUAUACAAUUAAUUGCAUAAGAUUUUCAAAAAUUCUAUACAUUUUUUUCAUUGAUUGCCAAGUCUUUGAAAAUAUUUAAUUAAAGAAAAACAGAUAAAAAGCUAUUUAAAAAUUUCUUACAACUUUAUUUGUACCAUUUUUUAAUCGGUAAAUAUUUUAAAUGACCAGGUAAAUAUCUUAAAGUUGCUUUUAGAUUAUUAUUUAUGGUGUAUGGGAACUGGUGAUGUGGCUGAGAGAUGAUUGUCUUCCACCUUUUCUUUGUCAUUUUUCUUUGGGGGAAUUUCAUAUUUUUAUAGCAUGUUGAAUAUUUGCCUCAUCUAGAAUAUUUAGCAGUCAGGCAUCACGGUAACAGUUUGUACUCAGUUUUCUGUUUCAUUUUCAACUGUGCCUCAUGAGAACUAUUUAGCAACAACAACAAAAAAAACACACAACAUAAAACCAACCUUGCAGCAAAGGUUCUCAAUGCUGAUAAAAGAUUUGUACCCUUUAUUAGUUUUUGUGUCUCAUUAAAGUUCUCUAUUCUUUGGUUACUAUAUCUUUAUAAACCUCAUAUUCAUGAACAUUCCACUUACCUUUUAGCUCCAUCUGCCACGUUUAGAAAUAAUUGAUGAGAACAGGAAAAUUGAUAUAAGAGAAUAUUCGUGCACGAUGUUAUUGAAUUUUUGUGUGUGCAGUUUCUCUAAAGAUAAUUUAACUUAAAUGGAAUAAAAAACCUUUUUUUUUUUUCAAGUACCGGUAAGACUUUUUUGGGUAUCCUUGCUAUUUUAAUUGAUUUGAUUUUGUUAUUUGACCAACAUGUUUUGUCUAUUGGUUAAUAGCAAGUUGCAAGAAGAGCUCAACUUGGCGAAAGCCCAGGAAGAAACUCAGUUAACAAAAUCUCAGGAACUAGAUUUAGCCCAGCUCCGCAGCCAACACAACACCAUUUAUGCCCAAAAAGAGAAAGAGCUGCGGUAAAGCCAAGCCCCGUUUGAUGUUGAUUUACGUGAAAUACUGCAUGGUGUUGUCGCGCUUAACCACCCCUUUUAUCAGUUUUGUUUCAUUUUGUUUCUGAGCUUGCUUUUUUGUGCGCUUAUUUCCCAUAACUAAUUAUAACACAUUAAUUUCAACUAUAUUUCAUUUCUUUUUUAAAAAACAAUUUUUUUACUUUGUGUAAAGUUAAUUCAUUUCAAUGCUUAAACUUCCUUUUGCAUUUUUCAUUAAUUUCCUCACUUUUUUCUUUUAUUAAAGAAAUAUCCACUAAGUCCUAGUUCUUUUAAUUGCCUUUAAGGAUAUGAAAUCAAAAGUUGUUAAUUAAAAACAACCAUUUUACUCAUCUGGUCUGUAAAUAAACUCGAAAGCUUUGGCUCACUUUUGGAAUUUGACAUAGUAGUAACAAACAUAACAUGGAAUAGAGAACAUAACAGCUGAUGCAUGCAGGUCUCAUCAACACUGUAUAGUCCCGAAUCGUCUGGUAACCUUACAUUUUCUGUAGCCACUAACAACCCUCUUGAAGCUGCCAUAUGUUAAAUGUGCCAUCAGUGUCCCUGUUAAAACUCAUAGGAAAUGUUAAAUAUGUCUUGGCUGUAUUUAUUGCAUUCUUGCAUCACAUCUGACAUCCUGCUAUGGAAUGCAUUAAGUAACUCACACAGUUGUCUGUAAGUAACUGCCAUGUCUAAGUGCUGGUGACUGAUGUUUAUGUGUGAUAUUUUAUUAGGAAAGUAGAAACUUUUAAAUCCAGUUUACAAAAUGAUGUUGUUAAUUAAAAGAAUUGCCCCAGUAAUUAUGGUCUGUAUUUAAUUGUGCAGAACAAUAAUUAACGGUACAAAUCUUUUAAGUGAAAGGAUUUUUGUGGGUUAAAUAAUUUUUUUCUCUUUUACAUGAAUAUAAAACGAAAUUUUAGGUUUGAAACUGUAGAAUGCAGUCAAAUAUUCCUAGUGUAUUAAAAGAUGUUAGAGAAUAAUACAAUUGAGCAAAAAAAUUUUUUAAAGUAAUGCAAAGAGCACAUCUAUAAUGUGCCUCAUGUAAAAUUUCAUGUGACCACAGGGAACAGAUGGAAAAAGCACUACAGAAACUCAGGGAUGAAGUCGGUGCCUUACAGAGGGAGGAGCAGGACAAACUGGAGGAGGAGAAGAGAAAGGCUUUAGAGAAGUUGUCCAAACAGGUGAGCUUUAGAGAAGUUGUCCAAACAGGUGAGCUUUAGAGAAGUUGUCCAAACAGGUGAGCUUUAGAGAANUGUGCCUCAUGUAAAAUUUCAUGUGACCACAGGGAACAGAUGGAAAAAGCACUACAGAAACUCAGGGAUGAAGUCGGUGCCUUACAGAGGGAGGAGCAGGACAAACUGGAGGAGGAGAAGAGAAAGGCUUUAGAGAAGUUGUCCAAACAGGUGAGCUUUAGAGAAGUUGUCCAAACAGGUGAGCUUUAGAGAAGUUGUCCAAACAGGUGAGCUUUAGAGAAGUUUUCCAAACAGGUGAGCUUUAGAGAAGUUGUCCAAACAGGUGAGCUUUAGAGACAUUGUCCAAACAUCUGUCUUAAGUUAUCUUUAAAAAAGGAAUAUUUUUUAUGAAAAUCUUUACCACUUAUGCUUUAUGAAUGUUAUUCUUAAAAAUCUCUACACCAAAAUGUCAUUCCAUGUUUCAUAUAAAGCUUCAGUCCCACUACUGGUAUUGUUUACAAACAACAGGUUGAAGCUUCAGUGGCGUCAGAGAAAGCAAAGCUGCAGGACGAGGAAAGAAUACAGCUGGAGUCAUUGCGCAGCAAACAUGGCACAGAUAUAGAGAGGUUGAGGGAAGACUUGGAGAAGAGACAUAGAGAUAGACAGGACAGUCUGAGGAAUGAACUGGCUGAGACUCAUAGACAGGUGAGAAUCUUUGAAUUUUUCACAGUCAGCUUUGUGAGACGGAUAUGCUUUAGUAUCAUGUUACUUGUUGGAUCAGUGAUCCCCAACCUGUUGGAAAUAUACUGUACAUUACUGAAAGGGCCACACGUUUGAAAUGGCUGUAUUACUUCAUUGAAAGCAUGUUGUCGUUUGAGAUUUCUAACUUUCCCUGAACAUGGCAAUCUAAAACAACAUGAACAGUCAAGGACCACAGGUGUAAAAACCGAGACUGGAAUGUUUAUCACACCUUUAAAAUCCUUUUACUUAAUUCUUUCUGUUUAAAUUUAACAGCAAUUUAUCAUUUUUAUCAUAAAACAUAACAUGUCUAUUUUUUCCCUAGCCACCCCGUUUUGUAUUCUUUGAUUGAAAAAUCAGUGUCUCAUUCAUAGCAACAUUUUUUAACAGUUAAGGGGUUGGAUUUAAGCAAUGACAUGUAUAUAUAAUUAUUUAGUUGAGAUUUCUCUUGAAUUUAGUGUUAAUUUGUGGUCAUUCUGUCCACCCAUUCAGCAAAUGGUGAAGUUGAGAGAAGAACUAAACACCCUCCAUGAAGCUGAGAGACAGCAAGAAGAAAACGACCUGGAGGCUGCCAGGAAAAGACAGAAAGCCAUCAAUGACUUGGAGCGAGGAGUAAGAAUAACUGGGGAGCUGUUUUGUUGAUUGAGAUGGGGAGCUGUUUUGUUGAUUGAGAUGGGGCGCUGUUUUGUUGAUUGAGAUGGGGACCUGUUUUGUUGAUUGAGAUGGGGACCUGUUUUGUUGAUUGAGAUGGGGACCUGUUUUGUUGAUUGAGAUGGGGAGCUGUUUUGUUGAUUGAGAUGGGGACCUGUUUUGUUGAUUGAGAUGGGGAGCUGUUUUGUUGAUUGAGAUGGGGACCUGUUUUGUUGAUUGAGAUGGGGACCUGUUUUGCUGAUUGAGAUGGGGACCUGUUUUGCUGAUUGAGAUGGGGACCUGUUUUGCUGAUUGAGAUGGGGACCUGUUUUGUUGAUUGAGAUGGGGACCUGUUUUGUUGAUUGAGAUUUUGUUGAUUUAGGUGGGGGCCUGUUUUUUUGAUUGAGAUGGGGACCUGUUUUGUUGAUUGAGAUGGGGACCUUUUUUUUUUAUUGAGAAGUUAAUUUAAAAAAAAAAAAGAAAUAGAUUAAAGUAUUUAUCACCCUAUCAUUUUUUUUAAAGCAUAUAUGAAUGUCUGGGGUGUUUUAUUGUAAAUAGUGGAUCGGAGUUAAUAUUAGAAGAGUUGAUUCUUAGAUUGUCAGAUUGUUACAUCUGGUGAUUAUAAAAAUGUGUGUCUUACAUAAGCUGUUUGAGUUUUGUGGAAUAGUAGGUAUGUGUAUCAGAGCCUGUCAAAAUGUAACUUAUUGAGCUAAAAACUUCAUUGUCAGAUUUCCAAAAAUGUUCUUGCAUACAAAGAUUUUGUAAAAUAUUUAGAUAAAAAAACUAAGACAGAUAAAAUUAUUUAUAAUGAAAGUGAACAUACUAGAGACGAAAUGGAAAGCUCAAUAAAAGAUACCUUUUUUUUAUUGUAGUAAAAAUAUAUUGUAAAUUACCCUUAAUUCUUUUUAUUCCUGACAUUAAAUUAUGAAAAUUUCUUGUCAUCUUUCAGCUGGAUGAUGUUCUGAGUGAACGCAGGGCUGAACUAAAACAAGAACAUCAGGCGCAGCUUACAGCCCUGCGCAGGGAACACGAGGAACAGUUGCGCAAACUUAAAGAGGAAUUUAAAGUUAAAGUUAGCACACGUUUCAUUUCUUAUAAGUUCAUACCUAGUUAUCCUAGUAAUUAAUACUACCAGUUAACUUGAUGCCUCAUCUUCUUCUAUAUUUUGAGGGCUAAUGAUCAAUGCAUUCUGGCUCCUAGUCUACUAAAUACUGCCAGUCUUAUAAAGUUCAUUCCUAGUUAUUAAAUACUGCCAGUCUUAUAAAGUUCAUUCCUAGUUAUUAAAUACUGCCAGUCUUAUAAAGUUCAUUCCUAGUUAUUAAAUACUACCAGUCUUAUAAAGUUCAUUCCUAGUUAUUAAAUACUGCCAGUCUUAUAAAGUUCAUUCCUAGUUAUUAAAUACUGCCAGUCUUAUAAAGUUCAUUCCUAGUUAUUAAAUACUGCCAGUCUUAUUAAGUUCAAUCCUAGUUAUUAAAUACUGCCAGUCUUAUUAAGUUCAAUCCUAGUUAUUAAAUAUUGCCAGUCAGCCAUAUCUCAAACCUUUCAUGGUUAGUGAACUGCAUCAAAUGAUUUCUAAUUUUUUAUAACCACAAAUACUUUUCAACCAUUCAUGGUGUAAAUUAAUACACAUGUACAUAUUUAUAUGUACCUUUAUUUUUUUAAAAAUGUUAUAUUUGCAAUCAGUCAGUUUUGAAUAAAUACAUAUCUUUUAAAUGAAUCGAAUUGACAGUAAAUAAUAUAUUUACAGAAAGUAAAGAAACAAUAGAUAUAUGUUCAUUUUAAAGUCAGACUCCCACAUGAUUUGGUGGACUCAACACUAAUGUAAACAUUGGCUAAUCAGUAUCAAAUAUAAAAUAAUGACUAAAUUAUCUGUAUCAAAUUUGAAGAUUGGCUUAUUAAGUGUAUAAAAUGUUAUGAUUGGCUUAUCAUACCUAUCCAUUGUGUGCACUGACAGAUACAGUCUGAACAAGACAAGCUGGCCACAGAGCUAGAGCAACAGAAGAAUCAGCUGCAACGACAGCAUGACAGAGAGGUUGGGGAGAUGAAGCAAAACUUCCAGAUCAAGAAGGAAAGUUUACAGGACCAGCUGGACGAUGAAGUCAGUAUAAGUUACAGCUGUUUUUUGCUCUUGAUUUUUCAUUCUUUCUUUGCUUCAGAUAAAUGAUUUGAAUAGUUCUGGGCCUGAACAGAAAAUUACUUUUAUAUAUUGGAAUUACAUUUCCCUCCCCCCCACCCCCCACCCCCCCAAUCAGCAAAUCUUGAAAAUGUUGAAUAUUUCCCUGUUUGUUUCAGUGAAGAUUUACUUCCAUAAAUUUACCUAGUUAUCCUAUUCAGGAAAGGUUACCGACAUACAUUUUUGAUAAAUUAGCACACUUAACUAUUAUAAGUUACCGUAGAACUUUUAGAAUUUCAAACCAGCCUGAUCCUACUAUAGAGUGAGCUGUGUGACCUUGACCCAGGUGUCUUGUUUUUUUAGGAGUCCUGUUUGUAGACUUUUGGCAUAGUUCAUUUUUUGUUAUCAUUGCUCAGGAGGAGGAACUGAAGGAGAAGAAAUCUGACCUAGAAAGAAGAGCUGCGUAUGUGGAGAAGUCAAUGAAGUCUAUUGAAUCACAGGUGGGCCACCAUUUAGAAAUAGAGUUUUCAUGUUUUUUUUUUUAAAUUUCUAUCUAAAGGUGUAAUGUUUUUGUAGAAAUAUGUUGCAUUAACUCUUCUAAUUUUCGAAUGGAAUUUGAAAAUCAUAAUCUGUGGCUCAGUUACGUUUUGUAAAUGUCUGUUUCCCAGCAUUUCUAGAUUUUGCCCCCCUAUCCAAGGGAAAAAUUUUUAGUAGCGGAAUAGCCAUGCUUAUUUUUGUUCUCAAAUAUGUUAACAUAGAAAUAUAGAAUGUUAAACUAUAAAUCUGUUUUGAACAUUUCAUUCAUGGACUUGCCGUUGUGUAACAUCAGUGAAUUAUUUGAUACCAUUUCAAAUAUUCUUAUAUAAAUAGAAAUAGAAGCUAAACAAUGUUAUACGGUUUGUGUUGGUAUUUCUCGUAGUGAUUAUUUUGCUGUUUCGGCUUGUAAUUUGUUUAUAGUCCUGAUAAUGCACCGGUUUGUAUUUCUUAUAGUGCUAACAUCUUGAUGCCUAUCCUACUCCUAAUCUCUACAUUAUUUAUUCUUUUCUCAUAUUUAAAGGAAAAAAUUCUGGAAGAAAGACGUAAAAAGUUUUCAGCUGACAAAGACAGACUGGAACAAGAUCAUGAUGUAAAGUUGGAAUAACUCAUUGCAUGUUUAUUUAUGGCUUUAACAUAAAACUUUGACAAAUGUAAAUAAGAGAUGAAGUAAGCUUUUUGUUUGUGUAAAACUUAUUUUUAAACUUGCUAGUUUCCUCCAUCUUUGUUUUAGGAAGCACUGCUUUCUAAAGUGUCCUCCCUUGGAGCAGCAGAGUUGGAGAGGAUGAGGGAAGAGCGGAGACAACUGCUACAGGAGCUCAGUGAGGAGCAGGGUCACCUGGACAAGGCCAAACAAGAGAGGAAAACUCUGGAAGGGGACGUCAUCAAGCUGAAGAUGUCUAGGGAGCAGCAGAACAAAAAACUCAGGUAAUCAAAGCUUGAGUUCAAUGUCCUGACCCUUAGGAACUAAAUGUUUAGGUGGUUGAGAGCGGUGGACCCAUAGAAACAAACAGAUGAGUUUGAGAAAUAUUGAGAGAAACAAAAAGAUGUCUGAAUACAACCAUAGGGUUGAUGUUCAACAUCAAUAGAUAGAUGAUACAUAAUGAACUUCAUUAUGCUACAACUCGUCCAAUUUUAAUGUCCCAAAAAUGACCAAGUGCUAGCUCCACCCAUAUGUACUACUUGUUAAGCCCAUACAGCCUAAACACAAUUUUAGUUCAAAUUUUUGCUAACACAUAGCGUUAACAUAAUAAUCUGUUCAGUUGUUUACUAGCUCUAAGAUGAAAGCGUGCUCAUUUAUACUUACAUAUUUUUAUUAUUUUAAAUUUUAUAUUCAGCUUUUAACAGGAAAAAAAAAAAGAGGAAAAAUUUAUUUUUCUCAAUAUAAAUUUGUUAAAUGUAAUUCUUGUAACGUCAGCGAGAUGAGGGAAAGAGUUGAAAAGAAACUGAAAGAAUUUGAAGGGCUUCAGGAUCGCUUUGUGAAGGAAACUGAACACAGCACGUCAGCUGUGAGAGCUGAAGGGGGUGGAGCAGGGCUGGUAGGAACAACUUCUACCACAAAACUGACCACAGAUGCUAUAAGAACUAGUUCAUAUCAUGUUGGACUGUCCAGUGAUGAGGAGGAUGACUUUCUCUCAAGUAUGUUGUUGUUUUUUUAUUUACAUGAAAAUUUUUUUAACUCAUUUUUUUAAAAACAGCUAGUAGCUGAUGAAGAUUAAAUUAUCGUUUGAAAUCUUUUCAUCUAGUCCAUGUUAAUUUCCUUUUUUUCUUUCCAGUGAAUCUUACAAAUAAAUGAACUGAGCCAUAGAAUUUUUAAUAUUUUUUUUUAAAUAGCUGAUUUUAAUAUUUUGUUUUUUUUAUACCAUUGGUGUAUUAAAAAUUGUAACAAUUUGAAAAAUACAUUGACAUUUUUUUGGUAAUAUUUCUUUCCUUGAACUACGCAAUGAUGCAUGAAAGCUGAAUUUAGUGUACUCUUUUCUCAAUUAUAGGUCCAAACAAACCAAAGACUUUAUUGAGGGUGAGUCAUAUGAUUACAAAUGAAUUGCAUUCAGGUACUUAAUUAUCAAAAAUAUUAUUGUUUUUAAAUUUUCAAAUUAAAACAGAGGCAUUUGAAGGAUUUAUCUUGUGUGUAUUUUAUUUGCGUAUAACUAAUUUCCCGAUUUUUAUUACCUCAGGCAGGAGUAUCCUGGCAGGAUGUUCUAGCAGCGGAUGAUGGAUGGCUUGAACCCAGUUUACCCGGCACUAACAAAAGGUAAAAUCAUUUACACAGACCAAUUAUUUUGCCAUCAGCAGCUGUGCCCUAAUAGCUUGUUGGCUUUCUGUGUUCUUCUCUUUUAACAAAAAAAGGUCACCAAGAUGAAUUAUCAUAGUGUUUAACACAAUCUUAAGGGAAAUAACUUUGAUUUUUUUAUGGAAACCUGUUCUAUAAUUGAAGCUUAGCCCCUUGGAUGUCAGUUUGUUGUUCAGCGGGCAUCCCCCAUGCCUGACAAUCCUGCUGGGGAAAGCCUCAUGACUCACUGAUUCUGCCACCACCCUCUGCCAGUUUUCAUACUAUAAUUGAAGCUUAGCCCCUUGGAUGUCAGUUUGUUGUUCAGCGGGCAUCCCCCAUGCCUGACAAUCCUGCUGGGGAAAGCCUCAUGACUCACUGAUUCUGCCACCACCCUCUGCCAGUUUUCAUUUAACAUUUAGUAAAUCUUCUAGUGGUUCCAACAUUUUCAGGGGUCUAAAAGAGCAUCUGGCCCAAGAAAGCUUGACCAUUAGCAAGGCUAAAUCAUUUCUACAGAAACAACGUAGGGCAUUGAAACAAAGGCAGUCAGCGUUGGCUGCAGCUAAGCAAGAACUGGUUAAAGAUUCUUGGCAAGUGCAACAAGGGGUGAGUCACUCUAGGGCUAUUUAGCUCUUAUCUACUCUCCAUUUUCAUUGACUAUUUUUUAAAAUUAAAAGCCAAUAUUUUUGUGUGUAAUUGUCUUGAAGAUUAAAGGAAAAAUAAAUUGUUCAAAAAUUGAACUGAGCAAACAUAACAUUGUGAGCAAACAUGACAUUGUGAGCAAACAUGACAUUGUGAGCAAACAUGACAUUGUGAGCAAACAUGAAAUUGUGAGAAAACAUUACUUUGUGAGCAAACAUAACAUUGUGAGCAAAAAUGACAUUGUUUUAUUAAACAUCUUCAGGAUCAUGGUGCUGAAGUGUUGGAUGAAGUGAGGCAAAGUUUAGAAAGGGAGAGAAAUCAUAUUGAUUCCCUUCAAAUUCAGGUCAACUCGGGGUCAAGGUUGCUGAAGCAGAAAGAGGCUAAACUGCUGGAGAUGGAAGACUUAGCUAAAGAGGUAAAUCAAUAAUGCAUUAGAAAGAUGCAUUUAGCAGAAAGAUGCAUUUAGCCAUGUUUAAUGUUACAUUGACAUAAGCUCAACAUGACCCUAUUUGAGAUGAGAGUUAUGAAAUAAACAAAAUCCUGCUGAUGAAUGAAUGACUAAUAUAACAGAAAGCUGGCACUCAUUUUCUCCAAGGAGUUUGGUUAUUUUUCAUUUAUAGAAAUGAAUUGAAAUUCAAAAUGAGUUCUGUGUCAUCUAAUUCAGAAAAUGUCAGUGUGGAAAACAAGAAGCUUUGCACGUAAACAAUUUUAAUUAAAAAAAGAAAACCUAGUCAAGCAUGAAAAUUCUAGACUCUUGUUAAAGAGGUAACAUUAAAGAAACUAGUCUGACAACUCAUCUUAAAGAGGUAACACUAAAGAAACUAGUCUGACAACUGAUCUUAAGAGGUAACACUAAAGAAACUAGUCUGACAAUUAUUUUUUUUCUUAUUCAGCGUGAGAAUGAAGAGGAAUCAGAGUUUUCUCCCUUUGCUGGACCAUGGCAAAGAGUCAAGAUCCCUAACCUUGACCUUAGUGAUGAUGACAGCAGUGGUAUUAGCAGCUCAAAUGCAAGUCUGGAUAAUUUCUUGUAUGGUGAGUUCAGUUUGUAAACAUAUCUCUCCCUCUGUUUCUGUUCAAAAUGUUGACUGAAUUAAACAUUUUAAUUGUUGUUUUUUUAAACAUAAACUCGAUAUCUUCUCUUUAUCUUAUUGUUAUUUCCUAAAUAAUAUUGAACAAGAAUUCAUAUUUUCCACUAAUGUUUUACACAGGCUUAUUAUUAAUGUCCGUCCAGCUGAAAAAGUCUUUUUAAUUUGAAACUUAAUAAUAAAUAACUGAACUUGAUUUGGCUCAAUUGGCUGCGUGAUUUCUUUUCCAGGGCACAACAAGUACACUUCAGCCCCAUCGUACACCACUCAUUCCCCACAUCACGUGGGAGGGGGUGGUAAAGAUGACCUUGCCAAAGCCCUUCACAAGAUCAACUCUGAACUGUCCCGUGUCCUCAACUACAUUGACAGAGAUGGGGAAACUCCAGCAGCAGGUAUGUCCAACACGACCUGUGCAAACACUGUGGGGAGGCAUGUGGUGCGUGUAUCUAAAAAAACAAGUAAUUAAAUUUAAAAAGCCUUGAGUAUCUAUUAGUAUGGGAGAAGCCUUUCUAAAUUGAUUGCCAUGCCUACACUGCAUCUAUUAGUAUGGGACAAGCCUUGCUUAUGUUGUCAUGCCUAAACUACAUCUAUUAGUAUGGGACAAGCCUUGCUUAUGUUGUCAUGCCUAAACUACAUCUAUUAGUAUGGGACAAGCCUUGCUUAUGUUGUCAUGCCUACACUACAUCUAUUAGUAUGGGACAAGCCUUGCUUAUGUUAUCAUGCCUACACUACAUCUAUUAGUAUGGGACAAGCCUUGCUUAUGUUAUCAUGCCUACACUACAUCUAUUAGUAUGGGACAAGCCUUGCUUAUGUUAUCAUGCCUACACUGCAUCUAUUAGUAUGGGACAAGCCUUGCUUAUGUUGUCAUGCCUAAACUACAUCUAUUAGUAUGGGACAAGCCUUGCUUAUGUUAUCAUGCCUACACUACAUCUAUUAGUAUGGGACAAGCCUUGCUUAUGUUAUCAUGCCUACACUACAUCUAUUAGUAUGGGACAAGCCUUGCUUAUGUUGUCAUGCCUACACUACAUCUAUUAGUAUGGGACAAGCCUUGCAUAUGUUAUCAUGCCUACACUACAUCUAUUAGUAUGGGACAAGCCUUGCUUAUGUUAUCAUGCCUACACUACAUCUAUUAGUAUGGGACAAGCCUUGCAUAUGUUAUCAUGCCUACACUACAUCUAUUAGUAUGGGACAAGCCUUGCAUACACUGCAUCUUAUGUCACAAGCAUCAACUUUAGAAAAAGAUCCCUGAAAUAAUCAGCAUUGUAAAUGUUGACCUAAUAUUUGAGCUAUGUUUGAGAUUGGCUGCAGCUAGACCUAAUAUAUCCAGCUAUGUUUGUAAACUGGCUUUUAAUAGACCUAAUAUUUCCACUUAUUUUCUUUUUAAUAACAAUUGGAUUUUUGCUUUUGGGUACAAUGUCUGUAAGUUUUAAAAUUUUUAAAGUUUGAUUCCUACUAAUCGUACCACGUUUUAAGUCUGUAAGUUUUAAAAUUUUUAAAGUUUGAUUCCUACUAAUCGUACCACGUUUUAAGUCUGUAAGUUUUAAAAUUUUUAAAGUUUGAUUCCUACUAAUCGUACCACAUUUUAAGUCUGUAAGUUUUAAAAUUUAAAUAAUAUAGUGUGUUUUUGUCUUGUGUACAUUAGCCCUGAAGGUGAUUUAAGAACCCUAUAUUAAGUGAUCCCAACAUCUGUUUCAGAUCGCCUGCCUGUGCGUUACACCCCAUCACAUCAUCAUUACUCUGGCCUUCCUGAAGCAGUCCUUUGGUCACCACACCCACCACAAGGGUAAGUUUUUAAAGUGUUCAUUUUCUCUUGUUAAUUACAAUGCAAGAUUGAAAGCAUCGACUCCUAUAAAUUCCAACUCAUAAAACUGGUCUCAUCUCCAUCGCAACAUCACUCUCCUACCAUUGUGACUAAUUGACCAUCUAAAAACUGUCAGGUAUUAUGGACGCAGACCCAAAAUUAUUUCUCUCCACACAACAAAGUAACUGCUAGUUGGCUUUUUCUAAAUUUACUAGGCUCGUCAACAUUGACCUGGCCAACACUUUGACCUGGCCAACACUUUGACCUCUGACCUUACAAAUGCACUCACUACUACUGCAUGCCCUUAUUUAUCUUGAUCCCCUUAAAGAGAAAUAGAAUUCUGCAUGGAAACUACUAUUUCCCACUUGAUCCAUAAGUUUUAAAGAAUCCAGGCCCAGCAGUUCAUUAGAAACAUAAAAUUCUCCUCAGCCCGCCACCCAAAGAUUACUCAACGCUUGUCUACACAGCCGAGCAGUCCUUGGAACGCAAAUGGAGAAAGUAUUUUGGUGGUGAGUCUGGUCUUGGGGCGUUGAAAUUGCUGCAUGAUGGAUAUUUUAGGAUUUUUCAUUCAUAAAUAUUAAAUCAUCUAACAGCAAAGGUUAUUAGUCUUUAAAAAAGCAUAUUUUUGAAACAUAUUCUUGUGGAAGGGGAGGGGGGGUGCUUGUUUGUAAUACAUAAAAUAAGCAUUUUGAAUUUUUCUUGUUUCAAGAUCGAAGAGCUCCAUUCACAGCUGGCCCAUCAUAUGUCACACCAUCGCACGGCUACGGACAUGCUUCUAUGUCUGUCAGGUGAGAUGUUUUAAUGAUGAAUUUAACCUUCAAUCCAUAUGAUGAAUGUCCAUAUAAUAUAGCAAGAAGAAAAAUAUAUUUAUUAACUAGGGCUUAACCGGGAUCAGUUUUUUUAUCUGGGUCCCGGAUAUUUUAAAAAAAUACCUGGUGGGUCCAGAUGUUACCAAAAACGAGUUAACUUCUCAAUUUAUAUAAUAUAUGCAGUCCUUUAAACAAGAGAGUCCUACAGACAGUCCUACGCCAUAACCAUGGCUCUUUAUUGAUUAAUAUAAUAGUCAUCUCCGAAAAAAUUCAAACUUCUCACCUGGAUUCAACUAUCACACAUGAUGCUCACUGCUGGACAGCUUUUUUUUCUUCUUUUACUCAAUACUAUUAAUAUAAAACAUGUUGAGUAGGGGGAGAGCAGGCUGCUCUAAGGAAGCAGUCACACCAGAAGCAAAACAUACAUAAGAGAUACUCUCCCCUUUCCUUUGCACUCAUUCAAACAUGUUUCCUUCCUAAAUGGAUAAACUACCAUUUUAAAAUAAAUUUUCAUCAAAUUUUGUUUUUUUUACACCUAUCAAUGGCAAUUUGGUAAAAAUGGACUCAGAUGAUGAAUUUGAUAGCACUUUAGCCGUAGUUGGACAUAAUUCAUGGUAAUAAUGAUUCCUGUAUUUAAGUAAAAGAAUCAAAAAUCAAUAUCGUCAUAUUUUGAUAUAAUUAUUGAGUGUACCGUCUAGUAACUUUCUAUUUCACUAUAGUAGCGUAAAGUGACAUGUGGAUAGAAGCUUUGGUUUUUUAUGUGCUAUGUGGAUAUGGAGGUGACUGAUGAUUAUAGAGGUGACUGAUGAUUAUGGAGGUGACUGUGAGGAUUAUGGAGGUUACUGAUGAUUUUUAUUAGGAAUGUGUGAGAUUUUGAUUAGGACUAUGAUGAUUAUGGAGGUGACUGAUGAUUUUGAUUGUGACUGUGAUUAUUUUGGUUGUCACUGUGAUGAUUAUGGAGGUGACUGUGAUGAUUAUGGAGGUGACUGUGAUGAUUAUGGAGGUGACUGUGAUAAUUAUGGAGGUGACUGUGAUGAUUAUCAAGGUGACUGUGAUGAUUAUCACGGUGACUGUGAUGAUUAUCACAGUGACUUUGAUGCCCUAUUCUCGACUUGUAUAUUCUAUUGCAUUGGGGGCAGCCAAAGCUAUUUUUAGAUAAUACACUGACCAAAAAUUCACUUUGGGCUAUAAGCUUCGUAUUAACAAGAUAUUGAAUUGAAGGUCAGAGCUAAAUAAAUCUUUUGUCAAACCUCAUCAGCCUGUUGAACUUGUGAAAUUUUAAAAUAAUAUUUUUUUUAAUAACCAAAUAAAACCUGGACAAAAAUCAUGUACACAUCAGUAAAAGCUAAAACCAGGUAUACAAUUUGAGGAGAUUGUAUCACUUGGCAAGUAUGGAUCAAAGUAAACAAUUAUUGAAGCACAUGCUUCUAAUAUUAAUGGAUAUUAUUUAUCACUUUACAUUUCUUUUAUAGAAAUAAGUAUUUUGUCCUGUGCAAAUGUCCUACUUAUGACUUGAAGGAAGCCUUGCAAAAAUGGUGAAAUUGUUGAUGCAGCAUCUCUGUGACAUCAUUGCAUGUAAAAAAAAAAAAUACAACUUGGUUCCAAAACGUCUGGUAUCCUGGCCCUCUCCCAAUGAGCCCCUCUCAAUGGCCUCUCUUAAUGGCCUCUCUCAAUGGCCCCUCUCAAUGGCCUCUCUUAAUGGCCUCUCUCAAUGGCCUCUCUUAAUGGCCUCUCUCAAUGGCCCCUCUCAAUGGCCCCCCUCAAUGGGCCCCUCUUAAUGGCCCCUCCCACUGGCCCAGCCUCUCUUAAUGGCCUCUCUCAAUGGCCCCUCUCAAUGACCCCUCUCAAUGGCCUCUCUCAAUGGGCCCUCUCAAUGCCUCUCUUAAUGGGCCUCUCUCAAUGGCCUCUCUCAAUGGCCUCUCUCAAUGAGCCCCUCUCAGUGGCCUCUCUCAAUGACCCCUCUCAAUGGCACUGUCUGUAGGGAAUUUAGGGACUGAAAGCUGUGACUGGUUUCUUUGAAUGUUAUUUUUUUUAAAAUAGAAAAGACUUGAAGUGGAUGUUUUGUAUAUUAUCAAAUACAAAACUUGAUUUAUGAAUUAUAAUGGAGUGACUGACUUAACGAAGUUCAAAAAUUGAUCCAUCCAACUUCUUUCAAAUUAAAACUGAUAAAUCAUUGCAGGGACAGACAUUUUCAUCUGAGUCUGACAGAAGCUAGACCAGUGUCAUCCGUACAGUCUCAACUGGCCGAGCAGAAAGAGUGGCUGAAACAGCACCACAGUAAAGUGGAGAGUAAAGUCCCUUCCUAUCAUAACCCACAUGCCUGGGAGUCUAGCUCUCUGUAUCCUUUCUAUGUGUACAAUUAGCAUCAAUUGCUUCUGUGAUUUAAAAGAUCAAACACUUGCUUUCACUAUAGCAAAAACAUUUGAAUGAUUAUAGUAAGGUUUUGUUUUGCUGAAAAUUGACAUGCAGCUUUUUCAACAGUCGUGUUUGAUUUAUCUCCCGAAAUAAGCACAUGAGAGAAGACCAUAAAAUUUACUGUGAAAUAAAAUCGUUCUAUUAUUUACAAACUUAACAAAUUAAUAAUUUUUUGCGUCACAAUAUUUGACACAAUUUCAUUGAGGGUAGGAGAUAAAUGAAAUUUAAAAAGAAAAGCAUUGCUCAUAUUGGACAUUUAAAUUCCAUAACUGUCAACUACAGACACAGCACAGGUGCUGUAUCCGAUGCACGGAGGGAGGUUCCCGUUUUAUCCACACCACCACGAUAUCCUUCAAAGAUCCGGCUAGAGCUGGAUGACCAGGAUGAAAUACGAGUUCGACAGUAUUAGACUAACACGACUUCUGGAGGCAAUGUUUCAAGAAAUGGAAACCAGGGCCAGAAAACUGUAAAAAGAAAUGAAGUCUGGUUCAGCUUUAACAGGACAAACAACGAAUAUAUUGACAAUGAUGAGCGCUGGGAACAGGAAGCAAAGGAAAAAGAAAUCCUAUUUGUCGAGAAAUCAAGAAAAUCACCUCUAAAGAGGAAUGUAACUUGAGUUUAGGACACAGGAGAAAUUGUUGUAGACUUGACAGUCAAAACAACUUGAAAUCAUGGAUUGUUUUGAUGUCCCUGCUUGUUUUUGAACUGAGUGAAGAGGAAUCCAUUGAUAUUAUUCUAUGUCUCAUGAAAACAAUUUUUUUACCAGAUUUAUUUAAAAAUGAAGCCAUUUUUUAAGAGUUGUGUCCUCGUUCUCCCAAAAAUGGAAAAUAGCUUAAAAUGAUAAUGUUAGCAUUUGUUUUGUAUUUUCUAUGUAUAUAUGUACAAGGUAUACAAGGUAGCUAAAUCAAAAGCAUGUACUUAGAAGCACUGAGAUGAACUAUGGUAUUUACUAAUUAUAAUAUUUACAACUCGUGCAAAUAAUGCAAUAAACUUAAAUUUUAGAUAGUAAUUACCACUUAAAUUUACUAAAUAUUUGCAUGCAAUGAUUGUAUUUCAUACAAAAAUAUAAUAUAUCCAUUGUAUUUAUCUUGGUACUCUUUACAAAUGUAAAAAAUUUUUGUAACAAUUAAAAUCUAUUUCUUUUUUAAAAGUCAGAAGGGUUGAAAUCUUGACCUUUGACCUUACACCAAGGGGGGAAUGCAGUAAAUGAUUAAAUGAUUGCAGUUUUUUUAACUAUAUGGUUUUAUAAAUGUGAGGGGCUCUAAUACUCUGCCACAAAUUUGGAAUGAAUUUCAUUUAACGAUUCGAAAUCGGUCCAUUUUAUGGAAAAAAAUUAUCUGGU